UACAGAUUAGAAGCGUGAAAGCUUCUAAAUUCAAAGCUCAAUUUCAACUGUCAGUUUAAGGUGAAAACCUCCUGCAAAAGUUAUCAAGAUAUUUGGGCACCAGUGUAUUUAAAUUUAAGGUAAAAACCAGCUGCAAAAGUUAUCAAGAUAUUUGGCCAUCAGUGUAUUUAAACAUUAUAGCCAAACAUGGGAACGAUACCGAAAGGCACUGAGUACAUCAAAACGGUUCCUUUUUUUUUGAAGAUAGCAGAAUUUGUUAUACUGUUGGUAGCCCUUGUUACACUGGGGAGAUUUAUAGACGUAGCCAACCCUUCAGAAAGUCGCUUGGAUUUUGGAAUGUUUGCAAUUGUCGUCUCCUGGAUUGUUGUCAUUGUGAUGGUCGUUGUUUUUGUUGUUGGAUUGCAUGAAAAAAUUACUGUCAUAAACUGGCCAAUGACGGUGUUCAUCAACAUGGUGAUAUGGGCUGUGAUGCUGUUUAUAGCUGGUUGUGUCAUAGCUGACAAUGUUCGCGAAUAUGAAGAUAAGAAGAUCUGUGAUUUACUAAAAUAUUUCAAUAGUGACGCAAGAUGCUGGCAUCUCAUUGCUGCUACGGUUUGCUGUUUCAUUGCAAGCAUUCUUUUUGCAGUUGAUGCUUUCUUUAACUUCCGGAUACUUAGAGGUCAAUGUGACACAUCUUCGGCUAAGACCUCUACACCUGCAAUGACUUCCACAUAGGGUAGUCAAACUGUACUUUUCAACAGCGGUUUACUUGAAUAUUUCAACGGUUGUUUUUGACGGCGGUUUGAACUUUCGCCAUAUUUUCUUUGACAAUUAAAGCUUCGUUUAUUAUCAUAGAUACUCACUGAUUAUA